GCAAGUACAUGGUAAUAACAAAGGGUAACGAUGACAACCCUAACUAUGUAUUCUUGUCUCUCUUAGAAAAGAGAUAGGGAAAGAAGAAUGGAACUGAGCAGCAGAAAUGCAGCUUCAGGAACAAUCAACCAUGAAUAUGAUCGAAAUAGUGAAUUAAAAGCUUUCGACGAAACAAAGCUUGGUGUUAAAGGCCUAAUUGAUGCAGGAGUUACUAAGGUUCCUCGCAUAUUCCAUAAGCCACAUGAUUAUCCUGAUGACAUUUCAUCUGCAGCAGAAGAUGCUCAGUUUAGAAUUCCUAUCAUAGACCUUGAAGCUGUGGAAAUGGAUUCAACUACACAUGAAAAGGCUGUCGAAGAAAUCAGAAAUGCGGCAGAAACAUGGGGCUUCUUUCAGAUAAUCAAUCAUGGGAUUGAUUUAAGCAUUACGGAGGAAAUGAUAAAUGGGGUACGCAGAUUUUUUGAGCAAGAUAGUGAAGUCAAGAAAAAAUUCUAUUCACGUGAAGCCGGAAAAAGUUUCAUGUAUGUUAGCAACUUCGAUCUGUACUUUUCUAAGUUCGCUAGUUGGAGGGACACCUUUUCGUGCAAUAUCGCACCUAAUACUGUUAAACCUGAAGAACUACCUGAAGUAUGCAGAGAUAUAACAUUGGAGUACUCGAAGAAGGUGAGGAGGGUGGGGAUUUUUCUUUUUGAACUGUUGUCGGAGGCUUUAGGGCUAAAACCAAAUCGCCUCAGGGAGAUGGAGUGUACAGAAGGACUUGUUGUUUUAUGCCAUUAUUAUCCACCUUGUCCUGAGCCUGAACUAACUACGGGGACGGUUGGCCAUACCGAUCCGGGCUUCCUUACAGUUCUGCUCCAAGACCAGAUUGGAGGCCUACAAGUUCUGCAUCAGAAUAAGUGGGUUGAUAUUCCUCCAGUGCCUGGAGCCCUUGUUGUCAAUCUCGCAGACAUGCUACAGCUCAUAUCCAACGACAAGUUCAAAAGCUCUAUGCACAGAGUACUGUCAAACCGAAUAGGUCCAAGAAUAUCAGUGGCAAGCUUUUUCAGCACCGGUUUUCAGAAAUCAUCAAAGCUAUUCGGACCGAUUAAGGAGCUGCUAUCAGAAGACAAUCCUCCAAUCUACAGAGAAACUGCAGUCUAUGACUUCGCUACAUCUCUCAAGGAUGGCAAAGGAGGAUUGCAGAAUUUUAAGCUACAAACAUACGAGGUUGGUCUUAAAAUGACCGGUGAGUUGAGGGCUUCCUUUUCGGAGUUGGUGUUGGUGGCUAGAGGAAGGAGUUCCGGCGAAGUGAUGGAAGCCGAGUUUUCGGAGAAAAUGAACUCCCCCGUUGAUUCUGAAUAUUGCCGAACUAGUGAAUUAAAAGCUUUUGACGACACAAAAGCUGGCGUUAAAGGACUUGUUGAUGCUGGAAUUAUCGAAGUCCCUCGAAUUUUCCAUCUAUCAUCUGAUCACCUUGACAAUAUUUCUCAUACUGUCGACCCCAUGUUCAACUUUCCUCGCAUAGACCUUGAAGGCGUUAAUAAAGACUCAAUUUUGCGCAAGGAGAUUGUUGACAAAGUACGACAUGCUUCAGAGACUUGGGGAUUUUUCGAAGUGGUCAAUCAUGGGAUUCCUGUAAGUGUUCUUGAGGAGAUGAAGGAGGGAGUAAAAAGGUUUCAUGAGCAAGAUGUAGAGCUUAAAAAAGAAUUUUACUCUCGUGACUAUACAAAAAAGGUUCUAUACAAUAGCAACUUUGAUUUGUAUAGUUCACCAUUUGCUAACUGGAGGGAUUCUAUUUUCUUUCAAAUGAUUCCUGACCCUCCCAAGCCAGAAGAAUUGCCAGCUGCCUGCAGAGAUAUACUGAUGGAGUACUCCAAAGAAGUAAGGAAAUUAGGAGAUUUAUUGCUGGAAUUAUUUUCAGAGGCGCUCGGUCUGAGCCCAAACCACUUGAAAGACAUGGAAUGCAAUGAAGGACUUCUGAUUGUAGGCAACUAUUAUCCAGCAUGUCGCCAGCCAGAAAUAACCUUAGGUGCAAGCGGGCAUGCGGACAGUGACUUCUUUACAGUGCUUCUGCAAGAUCAUAUUGGUGGACUCCAGGUUCUGCAUCAGAAUGAAUGGAUUAAUGUGCCUUCUACACCAGAUGCUCUGGUCGUUAACAUUGGUGAUCUUAUACAGCUCAUAACAAACGACAAGUUUAUAAGCGUGGAGCAUAGAGUGCUGGCGAACUGUGUAGGACCAAGAAUAUCGGUAGCAAGCUUUUUCACUACAACCCUUAUAUCAACAUCAAGACUGUAUGGUCCUAUUAGGGAGUUGUUGUCAGAAGAGAAUCCCCCAAAGUAUAGAGAAACAACAGUAAGAGAGUACUCUGAUCACUACAAGGGAAAAGGCCUGGAUGGGACUUCUGCACUUCUGCAUUUCAAGCUUUGAAAGUUAAGGAAAUGAUUAGUUUGACAAAAAGGGUCCGUGUAAGCUUAUUGAUAUUUCUGUUUAUCAUAUUGCGGUUACGUAAUUCGAUCCCUCUCUGUAUCUGUUUGCUCUGUUACCUCCCGGCCAUAAAACGCCGGUCUUGGGCAUAGAUUUUCCUGUAAACUUAUAUUAUGCAUGCAUUUUAAAGGGAAAGGUUAGAAGAAGAACUAAUUACAAUCUUGUAUGACUACUAAUAUUUUUCAGAAAGGGAAGAGAAAUGAAAUUAAAUGAUUCUUGA